AUGAUAGAGAAUAAAUUAUCACAAAAUCAAAUUAUUCCUACUGAUAAAUGGAAUUUACUUGUAGAUAGUGUUAGUGGCAAUAGAGAAAAUCGAUGGAAAGAUUUGAAUCCAGCAGCACGUGUAAAAUAUGUUUUAUUCGUAAUUGGCAAAAUAAUUGGCUUAUUAUUUUUGCUAUAUAUUUUUGUUUGCUCCCUUGAUGUAAUGAGUUCAGCUUUUCGGCUGGUUGGAGGUAAAAUAACUGGUAAAGCAUUCACAGAAGGUGCUAUUCUUUCGAAUCCUAUUGGUGGUCUUAUGCUUGGAUUGUUAGCAACAGUCAUUGUACAAAGUUCAUCAACAUCAACUUCAAUUGUUGUCUCAAUGGUUUCAUCGUCGAUUCUGCCAGUUCGACGAGCUAUUCCCAUAAUUAUGGGUGCCAAUAUCGGUACAUCUGUAACUAAUACAAUCGUGGCAUUAACACAAUCUAACCGAAGAGAUGAAUUUCGAAGAGCUUUUGCUGGUGCAACUGUUCAUGAUAUGUUCAACUGGGUGACAGUUCUUAUUUUACUACCCUUAGAAAUUAUAUCAGGUUUACUGUUUCAUUUAACUGGAGCAAUUACUCGAUCAAUUAGUCUUGAACGACAAGCGAGUACAAAUCCACAAUUUCUUAAUGUACUUACGAAACCAUUAACACAUCGAAUAAUUCAAUUAGAUGAAAACGUCAUUCAAAAUAUAGCACUUGGAACAGUUGAAUCUAAUGUUUCACUUAUCAAACAUUAUUGUUCAUAUAAUAAUGUAACAACUGAGAAUUCAACAUCAAUUUUAGUACCAAAAACAUAUUGUGAAUUUUUAUUUUCAAAAAUUUCAUGGCCUGAUUGGGGCAUUGGUCUUUUACUUCUAUUUCUUUCAAUAAUUGCUCUCUGCACAUGUCUUGUAUUACUUGUGAAACUUCUUCAAUCAAUGCUCAAAGGAACAAUCAGUACAGUUAUACAUAAAACAGUUAAUGCUAAUUUUCCUGGUGUUUUUCAUCACUUAACACCAUAUUUAGCUAUGGGAAUUGGUUGUAUAUUUACAAUACUGGUACAAAGUAGCUCAAUAUUUACAUCUACUUUAACGCCACUUGUUGGUCUUGGAAUAAUUAGCAUCGAACGAGUGUAUCCAUUUACAUUGGGAUCAAAUAUUGGUACAACAAUUACAGGUAUUAUGGCAGCAUUAACAGCAACAACAGCACUCGAACUUCGUAAUUCAUUGCAAAUUGCUUUAUGUCAUACAUUUUUUAACAUCUUUGGAAUUUUAAUUUGGUUUCCGGUACCAUUUAUGCGUAAUGUACCAAUAGCAUUAGCUAAAAAAUUAGGCGAAACAACAGCUACGUAUCGAUGGUUUGCUAUUGUUUAUAUCAUAGGAUCAUUUUUUCUUAUUCCUUUAAUCAUUUUUGCGAUUUCUCUUGCUGGAUGGCCUACGUUUAUUGGUGUAUUUGCUCCACUUUCAUUCAUUGCUUUAUUCGUCAUUAUUAUUAAUUUUCUUCAAGUACAUGUACCAAAUGUUCUACCAAAUCUAUUACAAACAUGGUCAUGGUUACCACGAUCAUUUCGUACGUUGGCUUGGUAUGAUGAACAUAUUUUUCGUAGUAAAAAACAAAUAACAUUUUAUAAUGAAAAUGAAGCAAAAGAAUUAUCAACAAUAACCAAUCGAAAUAUUGAAAAUAAUCACAGCCACGCGAACAAAGCAUUUAAUAAUAAUGAUGACCUUGAAAAAAUAUCUGAAAUCUGUACUUAA